AUGUUCUCCAAGAUCUUUUCUCGUGCUCAGCCCCAGACUCACAAACUGCCCGUUCGUCCGCUGCGAUUACCGCACGUUGUUGCCGCUCACGAGAGACACCAUUCGACUAUCAUCAUGCAAACCAUGACGAGCAGAGCUUUGUAUGCCCAGACAGACGAGGGACACACUCCUGCCUGGAAAGAAUUUCAACCAACGCGGGGGACAGAUAUCUGGGCAUCCUUCAUAGCUAGCCUCUCGACCAUCGUCACAUGGGCACUAUCCACCCUCACCCGUCGAAACUCGCUUCAUUCGUCCUCGAACAACAACACGGCCACUCUGCCCAAAAACAAGUCCCUCCGAAACGACGAAGACCUCAUUCGUCGAGCGCUCGAACAAACGGGAACACGGACGGUCCGGUUCUAUGAUGAAAAGCUCGAGUGUCAUGAUUUUCAUCCCGGCCAUAUACAAAGACACGAGUCCAUUGUUGAGCUUUCUCCGCGUUCGCUUGGGGCGGCUGGUUGGACUGCUGCUGCUCGUGGAGCUCAUGCGCGUACGGAGAUCCCGAGUCCUCCGAUGGCGCGAUGA